AAAAAGGCGGACUUUGUCUUGCAAACCCAAGUCGCGAAAAGGCUGGAAUUGUCCUGGAGCUUCUUGCAGCCUCGGGAACUACGGAGAGCCGGAUGAUGGGAAGUCAGGCUGAACGGGAGGAAGGAAGAAACCCCGAUCGAUCCAAGAGGCCAAACAACGUGCUUCCGUGCCGGCGCCCGCCUGUUCGGUUGCCGUAGCACAUACAGCUGCGCCAAAUCUCCCGUCUCCCACACGGCCACACCACAGAAGUACAGAACCACGCACAGCUAGCAUCCCACCGUUCUGUUCCCGGCUCCUCUUCCUCCCCUGAUCCUGCGUUGCUCACUUGCUCUCCUGCACCUUUCCGGAUUAAUUGCCCCACGUCACCAAGAGCACUAUUAAUAAUAGUACGGUCGCCGUGCUCGCAGAAGCAAAGACGGGGGCGACACGCACAGCUUAUACCAGUAACGCCUCCCAUGGCUGCACCCGCGGCGGCCAAGCGCCCUUGUUGCAAGCCUUCUUCUUCCCCUUCUUCUCCUCCCCGCAACGACCCCAAGCGGCAGAGGCACCGGACGGCGGUGGCGGCAGCGGCGCCCAUGGACGACGACGACGACGGAGCUGCUGCCACGGCGUCGUCGUCGCAGCCGCUGCUCCCGGGGCUGCCGGACCACCUGGCCCAGCUGUGCCUGUCGCCGCUCCCGCCGCGCCUGCUCCACGCCGUCUGCCGCCCCUGGCGCCGCCUCCUCUACGCGCCCUCCUUCCCGCCUUUCCUCUCCCUCUACGCGCUUCUCGAGCCCGAAGACGUAACCGCCGCCCCCGACGUGUCCUUGGCGGCCUACGACCCGUUGGCGGGUCGAUGGGACGAGGUCCCGGCGCCGCCGAUGCCGUCCCCGCCGCCGACGCUCUGGCACCCUUCCUUCCUCUGCCGCCGCCUCCCGCUCCAGUCCGUCUCCGCAUCCGGCCGCCUCGUCCUCCUCUCCGGUUCCACCCACUCGCUCCUCCCGGCUCUCCCCCGCCCCCUCGUCUUCGAACCGGCCGGGAACCGGUGGCUUCUCGGCCCGCGGAUCCCGUUGGCUCCGCGCAGGUGGUGCGCGGCGGGAGCGGCGCGCGGGCGCGUGUUCGUGGCCGGCGGCGUCGGCGCCGCCUACGACCUGGCCGUGGCCCGCUCCGGCGCGACGUGGGACCCGGCCGCGACGCCGUCAGCCCCGUGGGAGCCGAUCCCGCCGCUGCGGGACGGGCGGUUCAGCAGGGAGGCGGCGGAGGCGGUGUGCUCGGGGGGGAAGGUGUGCAUGGUGAACCUCCGGGGCCGGGGCGCCAAGGAAGGCGCCGUGUUCGACCUGGCCGCCGGGCGGUGGGAGGACAUGCCGCCCGGAUUGCUGGCCGGCUGGACCGGCCCCGCCGCGGCGUCCCCGGACAACGACGGCACGAUCUUCGUGGUGGACGAGGAGCAAGGAGAUCUGAGCGCCUACGACUGGGGCAGCGACCGGUGGAGGGCGGUGGUGGUGGCGGCGGGGCGGCUCAAGGGCGCCACGGAGAUGGCCGCCGGCGGCGGGAGGGUGUGCGUCGUGGUUGGAGGCGGCGAGAAGGUGGCUGUCAUGGACGUCACGACGCCUGCCAAGGCUGCGAGGAGCAGGAGAGGGGAGACGUUCACGGCGCCGGGCAUGUGGGAGGUGCCGGCGCCGCCCGGGAGGCGUGUGGUGGCCCUGCACGUGCUCCCCAGGAUGACGCGCCCCGAGUAGGCUCUGCUUCCUUCCUUGAGUUCCUUCCCGCCAUGCUACUGUACAAAAAACAAAUUCUCUUCCUGCAGCGAUCCGUACCUCUCCUAUUGUGUAUUAGUACUACAAGUAUGUUGUUUUCUACCUUCCUGAAACCACAGGAUUUUUUUUGUGAAAAUUUUGGUUACUGCAUGGUUCUGUUCAUAGGCAACAUGGAUUCGACUCUUCCGAGAUACACUAUAGUUCUUUUUUCAGUUUUUGCAUUCUUAGGUUCUUCUGUACUGUACUUCUGUCGAGAGAGAAAACAAGAUUCAGAUUAUUCCUC